UGUGGCUCUUCAGACAGACAGUCAAAGUAAUCGAUACAUUGUCGAGCGUCUGAAGAACCUACCCCGAAAAAAGAAACCCUCUUCACCCGAUAUCACAAUGAAGAUCCUCAUCACGGGAGCGGGCGGCUUCGUCGGCCAAAUCCUGGCAAAGAAGCUUGUCGAAACCAACUCCUCACACUCCCUGAUCCUCGUCGAUAUCAGGGAACCUCCGAAUCCCACAACGUCCUCCAAUGUCCAAUGUGUAGGCGCCGAUUUGACGGACGGUUCAGCAUGCGAAUCCCUCAUCUCCCAGUCUCCAGAUGCGGUCUACAUCCUGCACGGCAUCAUGUCGAGCGGAGCGGAAGCGGAUCUGGAAUUUGGGCUAAAAGUAAACUUCGAAAGCGUCCGGCAACUACUCGAUACCAUCCGAGUGAAGCGUCCCGGUAUCAAAGUCGUAUUUACGAGUUCGUGUGCGGUAUUCGGCCGGAAAGCUGUUCAAGACGUAGCGACGGAGACCGAUGUUGUUCCCAUGCCCGAAAGCAGCUACGGGACACAGAAGUUGAUGAUUGAGUUUCUCCUCAACGACUACUCGCGAAGAGGAUUGAUCGAUGGCCGGGUUGUUCGUCUGCCGACUGUUUUCGUGCGCGCCGGAGCACCGACUGCCGCGGCGAGUUCGUUCGUUUCGGGGAUUGUGAGGGAGCCGAUACACGGCGAACAAUCUAUCCUGCCUGUUGAUCCUGAGAUUGGCAUCUGGCUCUGUUCGCCACGCACACUGGCCGCCAAUCUCACACACGCUAUUGAGAUUCCGGCGGAGAAGUUUGGGCACUUCAGACAAGUCCUUCUACCAGGAUAUACUGCGACGAGUGGCGAGAUUCUGGAUGCGCUGGAGAAGGUUGCGGGCAAGGAAGUAAGAGAUAGAGUGAAGGUCGAAAAAGACGAGAAGGUCCAACGAAUUGUACUCAGUUGGCCAGGCAAAUACGAUACGAGUAGGGCAAAGGAGCUGGGAUUCGUGGAGGAUGUGGGGUUAGAGCAGACCAUCCGGGAUUUCAUUGAUGCGGACAAGAAAUAGGCGUGGCCGUGGUCUUUACGCCGUCUUAUCAAAGAGUCGUCUCGUAGCCUGUGGUGAUCUAGAAGAAUUCAUAAGCCAUACUUGGUUCCGUGAUUCAGACUAAACAAAGCCACUUACUGUGCUCGAGCAAUUCAUCUCAUCUCAAACCG